UUGCUGUAAAGUGAAGAUGAAGUCUAGUGCAACAAGUAUGGUGGUCGUGGUUCUGUUCCUUCUGCUUCAUGUAUCCCCGAGUCUGCAGCACGUGGAGAGCUCAGUCUCGGACCAGGAGCUGCAAGAACUACUCACGGCCACGGAUACCCACUAUAUGAACCUGAAGAGAAGCUUGGGAAAACUGGACCAGACCCUCCAGAUAGUGCCACUGGAACAAUCUGCCCGGCUCACCAACGACAGACUCAUCAGGCGGAGUGAUAUGAGCAGGUUGCUCAAUUCUCUUACAGCGUUCUGCGAAACUCUUCAAAAUGAAAACGAGACCGGAUCAACCCACGAGCCGAUGACGGGAACACAAUACCUAACGACGGUAUCUCCCCCUGAAUCCUCCUCCGAGUCGGUGGACAGCGCGGCGUCUGUGUCCGGGGAGAAACCGGAAGGUGAACACACGACAUCUUGGUGGACCCCCGAUGUGCCUGUGUUGCCUCUUUCAGUAAGAUCAAAGUACAGGGAUGGUCGCGUGACUCUCACUUUCAGGGUGCUGCAUUCCGUGCCAGCAUACGCCAUGCAAGAUAUAGACAGAUUUGGACAUGGGCCAAGCUCCAUAAAAAGGUUAAGCUUUCGGAGAAACGAACCUGUUCCCAAGAUCUCAAAGUCCCGAUUCACGGUCAGCACUCGACGCUGUUUAGAGAAUGGAGCUUCUGCUUUCAGGCAUGCAAUAAGCUUUCAGUUUGGAGAAGCUGGUGGAAACAUUUACACGCCGAGAACCUCUGUGCGUGUUAACGUGUGUAGUGGGGGACCAAACAACAACGCAACAUUUCUGGACUUUACAGGUCUGCCCAAAUCUAGAGAAGAAAAUAUUGACCUUCCACGAUUUGACCUAAAUUUGUCAAGUUCUACAAUCCUGAUACGUGAGGGCCAGAAUAAAACAUUUCAAGUACGGGUUUCUCAGUUAGAUAAUUUCAGUUUCUUUGCAGAAACACUCGCCUAUGAUACGGAGACAAGCAACAUUUCCAAAUCUCUGUGGUGGUCAACAAAUUACAUGGUGGUUGACGAUAUCUACAGAGUAUUCGUUCAAAAAGCGGACGAAUACGGCAGCAGCGAUAUGACGAGGGUAGAACUGGCGCCUGCAACUGAGGAAGACACUUCUCCUGAGACAUUGGAUCACGGUCCCGGCGAAAACGGAAGGAACUCCACGGCGAAAACAGCGACGCUUCAGAUUUCACUAGACACGGACUCCGGUUUGGAGACUGGAGUAAUUGCUCUCAGCCAGUCACGCCGAGUCAAACUGGAAGUGCCGGACAGUCCCGAGCCAGAUGUUGUUGUCUUAAGUACGUCUUUAACGAUCCCAGUACAAAUGAGGCGACCCGAUUUAGCCCCUCCAAUCCCUGAAGGAAAUGUUGUAUUUAUGGGCAGAACCGAAUCUCUUUGUAACACAAAUCGUCGAUCAAAGCACUUUACCUCCGAGCCUUGUGCUGUCGAGUGUCGAGUCAAGGGUAUGGGCAUUGCUGCUUUGACAAUUCGUAGAUCGACAGGGUCAAGUGCACAAGAACCUGAAAUCCUAUCUCAGGUGAGCCCAGGGGGAGAUCAGGCCAGGGCCUACGCUGUUUUCGAGGAGGCAGACCCGAGAGCAUCCGGGGAAUACGUCUGUGAAGCAUCUUUGACCAACGGCAAAACGGAGCGGGCUGUUUUGAAUUUACGGGUAGGCAGCUACCCAGACAUCCCCGAGAACGGAGCAACGAUAGAGGACGCUGGCAACAGAACCGCACUCAUCACUUGCACUGCCACCGGAGACGAUGUCGACCUUGCCAUCUUUGCGAACGAAAAAGGUCAGGUGACCAGACUAGACGGCAAUUCAACGAACUCGGAUUUAGAAGUAGAAGUAUCGUCUGGCAGUGUGACCUACAAGUUGUAUCUUCCGUUUGAUCGGCUCGAGUUCUCGGUGUUUCAAGUGGCAUGCAGAGCAUCUAACGCACUGGGCGAAGACGUGGAAUACAUCUACGUCAGUAACUGGUUCAACGAUUAUUACAGGCAGUUCAACCCCACAACGCAGUUCAACACCACAACUACUGACAGUUAUUGGUCUUAACUGUUCCCGCGGUUUUAUGCAACGGGGAAAAAAUCUGAAAUUAUGCAAACUGAGCCCAAAAAUGUGAAAUUAUGCGAUUCCGUUCAUUUUUAACAAAGAAUGAUAAUGGAAAAUAAUCAGAAAAUAUGCACCAAAAAUAAAAAAAUCAAAUUUUGCUAAAUUUUUGGGGGUUUCAUAAAACCCCGGUUACAGUCUUAACAACUGACAACAUCACACACAAAAAAA